AUGAUCGCCAAGAUUUACUUUUACAUUACGCAUCCAUGUGUUUUUAUAAUUUUUUCACUUGUCUUGCUACACCUUGAGACUACAACUGCCAACCAAAAUAUAGCAGUGGGAGGAGAAGAAGAUGAUGCUAAUGGUGCUAUCAAGAAAUGUUCUGAUGAAGAGAGGCAUGCUCUUCUUAAUUUCAAAUCACACCUUCAAGACCCCGAUGGCUCUCUCUCCACAUGGAGAGAUGAAGAAGAUGACUGCUGCAGAUGGCAUGGAGUGACAUGCAACACCCAAACCGGCCAUGUCACAAGGCUUGAAAUGGGCUCGAGUGGUCUUGUAGGUAAGAUUAGCCAUUCACUGCUGAACUUAACCUAUUUGAAUCAUCUUGAUCUUUCACACAACUAUCUUUAUGGAACCAUUCCCACGUUCAUUGGUUCCAUGACUCUACUACGUUACCUUCAGCUCGCUGGCAAUAAUCUUAAUGGAACCAUUCCCAGAUCCAUUGGUUCCUUGACCGAAUUAAGUUUCCUUGACCUUUCAUAUCUCUCUCUUUAUGGAACCAUUCCUUUAGAGUUGGGAAACCUCACAAACUUACAAGUUCUUUCUCUUGGAUUUGUUGGAAGGUGUAGAGUAGAAAACAUAAAGUGGUUGUCUCAUUUAUCUGGUUUGCAAACUCUUAAUAUGGAUGGGAUUUCCCUAGAUAAAGCAAACCAUUGGGUAAAUGUGAUUUCGAGUUUCCGAAAUCUAUCAUAUUUAAGUUUAAGGGGAUGUGAGCUCUCACAGGUCAUGUAUCCAUAUUCUUCAUUUGUUAACUCUUCUUCAUCAAUUGUUUUCCUUGAUCUUGGAAACAACAGUCUCAACUCCUCCAUGUAUCAUUGGUUGUUCUCAUUAACUAGCAAUAGCCUUUUUGAUCUUGAUCUAUCUUACAACAUGUUAGAUGGGAUACCCAAAUAUCUUGGUAACCUCUCUAAUUUGGAAGUUUUGAAAUUCGAGAACAAUUCUGCUGUGAUAAAAUUUCCUGAUUUUCUCAAAAACUUGUCUGGAUGCUCAUCCCUUACAUUAGCAUGGUUAUAUGCUUCAAGAAGCCAUUUUACAGACACAAUUCCUCUCGAGUUUUGGAACACGUGGCCUUCUCGAUUACAUCAUUUGAAUCUCUCUUCCAACAACAUCAGUGGGAAAGUACCAGAUUUAUUAUCAAGUUUUGAUGAUAAUCCAGUGAUCGAUUUGAGUUCCAAUAGAUUUUAUGGUCCAAUACCGAAUUUUCCUUCAACUUUGAAAUCAUUAAAUCUUUCCAGAAACAAAUUCUUUGGAGGAAUCUCUUUUUUAUGCCAAAUUGUCCAUGGGUAUUUGGAGUUUCUUGACCUAUCUCAUAACUUUCUAGCAGGAAAACUUCCAGAUUGUUUGUGGCACUUCAAAGAACUCAAAGUUCUUAAUUUAGGAUACAACAAUUUGUGUGGAAGGAUUCCUACCUCGAUUGAAUCUUUGUUCAAACUUGAGGUGUUGUAUUUGUAUAACAACGACUUCUCUGGAGAACUGCCUUUGUCUUUAAAGAAUUGCACAAGUUUAACCUCGUUAAAUUUGGGGGUCAACAGGUUUUCUGGUAAUGUGCCUGUUUGGAUUGGGGAGAAUUUAUCGGGCUUGUAUGUUCUCAUCCUAAGAUCAAACAACUUCUUUGGAACCAUCCCUUCACAAUUAUGUCAAUUAGCAUAUCUUCAAGUUCUAGACAUGUCAAUGAAUAAUCUUCAUGGAACUAUCCCCUCAUGUUUGGAUAAUCUUACAAGCAUGGUUCAAGAAGGGUUCUCAGAGAAACAGAAUAUACAAAAAUAUUCAAGUGAGAGUGAAGGUGGUGGGAAUGGAAUAUCUGAACUUUGGAGAUGGUUUUAUAUUGGUGGGAUCACUGGUUUUGCUACUGGAUUCUGGAUAGCAUGUGGUGCUUUACUUGUCAACAAUCGUGGAAGACAUGCUUUCUUUCACUUUCUUGAUAGCUUCACAGAUCAGGUUUAUGUGAAUGUAGUUGUGUUUGUUGUAAAAUUACAAAGGGUUGUACGUGCGUAG